AUGAUUUGUUCGAGAAUUCAAGUGCUGUCCAGCAGGGUCGUCUUGGUAACGGGCGGCAACAAAGGCAUCGGUAAAGCCAUCGUGCAGGCCCUCUGCAAGGAGUUCCAAGGGGACGUCUACCUCACCGCCAGAGAUGAGGGGCGUGGCCAGGAGGCGGUAGCGUCCUUGAGCGCCGAGGGGUUAAAGGCCAAUUUCCUCCAGCUGGACAUCACCGACGUCACCAGCAUCACCAGGGCGGCCGACUUCUUUAAACAAAAGUACGGCGGCGUGGACGUGCUAGUCAACAACGCUGGCAUCGCUUUUAAAGUGGCCGAUACGACUCCCUUUGCCGUCCAGGCCGAAGUGACGCUGCGGACCAACUACUUCGCCACCCGGGACAUGUUGACCCACUUCCUGCCUCUUAUCAAAGCUGGAGGCCGCGUGGUCAAUGUGUCGAGCUUCGUCAGCGUGCGCAGCCUGAACAUGUGCAGCCCGCAGCUACAAGAACGUUUCCGCAGCGAGGACAUCACCGAGGAAGAGCUGACGGGGCUGAUGGAGGAUUUCGUGGCGCUCGCCAAGAAGGGCGAGCACAAGCUCAAGGGGUGGCCUGAGACCGCCUACGGGGUUUCCAAGAUCGGCGUGACGACUUUAUCCAUGAUACAUGCCAGGCGUCUUUCCAAGGAGAGGCCAAAUGAUAAGAUCCUAGUGAACGCGUGCUGUCCCGGCUGGGUGCGCACCGAUAUGGCAGGCCCGAAAGCCACCAAGUCUCCAGAGGAGGGCGCCGUGACGCCCGUCUACUUGGCCAUGCUGCCCGCCGGCGCUUCUGAGCCUCACGGCAAGUUCGUGUCUGACAAAACAGUCCACAAAUGGUGA